GCGCGCGCCUGCGUGAUGUGUCACGGGGCGGGGCGAGCGCGGCGCGGCGCGGCGCUCCCGGCCUGGCGUUGUGGCUCCGUAGCCCCUGCCACCUUCCCUGCACCUGCCCUGCCCGGCCCCAUGUACCGCGCGCUGUACGCCUUCCGCUCGGCGGAGCCCAACGCGCUGGCGUUCGCCGCCGGCGAGACCUUCCUGGUGCUGGAGCGAAGCAGCUCGCACUGGUGGCUGGCAGCGCGGGCGCGCAGUGGUGAGACGGGCUACGUGCCUCCAGCCUACCUGCGCCGCCUGCAGGGCCUGGAGCAGGAUGUCCUCCAGGCCAUUGACCGGGCCAUCGAGGCUGUACACAACACAGCCAUGCGGGAUGGUGGCAAGUACAGCCUGGAACAGCGUGGAGUCCUCCAGAAGCUGAUCCACCACCGGAAAGAGACCCUGUCACGCAGAGGCCCCUCAGCCUCCAGUGUUGCAGUUAUGACCCCAUCAACCAGUGACCACCACUUGGAUGCUGCUGUGGCCAGGCAGCCCAAUGGGGUGUGUCGAGCUGGGUUCGAGCGGCAGCACAGCCUACCCAGUUCUGAGCAUCUUGGGGCAGAUGGAGGCCUCUACCAGAUCCCACUUCCAUCUUCCCAGAUCCCACCACAGCCUCGCCGAGCAGCACCCGCUACACCUCCCCCACCAGUGAAGCGCCGAGACCGAGAGGCCCUGAUGGCCUCUGGGAAUGGUGGCCACAACACCAGGCCUUCCGGGGGUAACUCUGUAUCCAGCAGCUCCUCAGUCAGCAGCACCUCCCUGGACACGCUCUAUACUGGCUCCAGCCCAUCUGAGCCGGGUUCCAGCUGCUCACCCACACCCCCACCUGUGCCCCGCCGAGGCACCCACACCACUGUGUCCCAAGCCCAGCCCCCUCCCUCCAAGGCAUCAGCACCUGAACCCCCUGCAGAAGAAGAGCUGGCAGCUGGUACAACCUCAGCCUCUGAUGACCUGGAAGCCCUGGGUACACUGAGCCUGGGGACCACAGAGGAGAAGGCAGCAGCUGAGGCGGCUGUGCCCAGGACCAUUGGGGCCGAGCUGAUGGAGCUGGUGCGGAGAAACACUGGCCUGAGCCACGAAUUAUGCCGGGUGGCCAUUGGCGUCAUAGUGGGCCACAUCCAGGCCUCCGUGCCGGCCAGCUCACCUGUCAUGGAGCAGGUCCUCCUCUCACUCGUAGAGGGCAAGGACCUCAGCAUGGCCCUGCCCUCAGGGCAGGUCUGCCAUGACCAGCAGAGGCUGGAAGUGAUCUUUGCAGAUCUGGCUCGACGGAAGGACGACGCCCAGCAGCGCAGCUGGGCACUGUAUGAGGACGAGGGUGUCAUCCGCUGCUACCUGGAGGAGCUGCUGCAUAUUCUGACUGAUGCAGACCCUGAAGUUUGCAAGAAAAUGUGCAAGAGAAAUGAGUUCGAGUCUGUCCUGGCCUUGGUGGCCUAUUACCAAAUGGAACACCGAGCAUCGCUGCGGCUGCUGCUCCUCAAGUGCUUCGGCGCCAUGUGCAGCCUGGACGCAGCCAUCAUCUCCACGCUUGUGUCAUCUGUGCUGCCUGUGGAGCUGGCGAGGGACAUGCAGACAGACACGCAGGACCACCAGAAACUCUGUUACUCUGCCCUCAUCCUGGCCAUGGUCUUCUCCAUGGGAGAGGCAGUGCCCUAUGCACACUAUGAGCACCUGGGCACGCCUUUCGCCCAGUUCUUACUGAGCAUCGUCGAGGACGGGCUGCCCUUGGACACCACAGAACAGCUGCCAGACCUCUGUGUGAACCUGCUUCUGGCUCUCAACCUGCACCUGCCAGCCCCUGACCAGAAUGUCAUCAUGGCUGCCCUGAGCAAACACGCCAAUGUCAAGAUCUUCUCCGAGAAGCUGUUGUUGCUCCUGAACAGAGGGGAUGACCCUGUGCGCAUCUUCAGACAUGAGCCACAGCCGCCACACUCUGUCCUCAAGUUUCUGCAGGAUGUGUUUGGCAGCCCGGCCACAGCUGCCAUCUUCUACCACACAGACAUGAUGGCUCUCAUUGACAUCACUGUGCGGCACAUCGCAGACCUGUCACCGGGAGACAAGGUAGCGUUCAGGGCGGGCCAGAGGCCUUGGUUGGGAGUCCCUCCCCUGUUAGAACCAGGAUCCACCCCAUUGCGGGAGCCGCACCCUGUGGAGCGUUCUGGGGUCCCGGCCCUGACCUCUUCCUGGGUGUCGGGAUGCCCGCGUCCUCUGCACCCGGCGCUGCAUCUCGUUAUCGAUUCUGCCUUUGGAGGCCGGUCCGUAUAGUGUACCUCCCGGACUAUCUCUCACGUUUAGCCGACAACCCCUGGAUUCCCCUCGCCCAUGCGACGAGUCCUCCGUGAGGGGCGGAGCCUCCCAUUGUGCCAAUGGAAACAAUGACGCUCUGAUUGGAGUGCUCCGCUUUCACCCCUCGCCUCCGCUCUUCUUGUGACGUCUGUUGCGCCAGGUCCACCCAUUGGCCUGACGAGACCGGCGCGUGCCAGGAGUUACUUAGGGAGAGCUGGAAUGCACCGAGGGUGGGGGGAGGACUGCGUUUCUGUGUCAGUCCCUUCAAGGGGUUAAGGGAUGCGGUCGUGGCAGACGAGGGGCGGGGAUCCGAAGAAGCGGGGCCCGCAGCCAUGGGGCAACGCCGGGCUCCACGUGGCAUCCCAGAGCACUCGGGACCCUCAGCCUCGGAGGGUGUGCAGCCUCCAGUGGAGGGGCCCCGAGCCCGGGAGACUGCUGGGGACAGGCAAGGCAGGGAAGAAUUCGUCCUCUGCUCCCGCCUCGGGAGGGUCUUCUCCGGUUCCUGCUCCGCAGGGGCGCUCCAAACAAGCAGGUGGUCGCGACAUGUUUCAUAAAACUAGCUGAUCGGAUAGUUAAAGCUAUUGUUCGGGGUGCUGGCACCCCAGAUCCCUGUCCAGCCAUCGUCCCCUCUACCCCAAGAUUUCACACAGUAUCCGCUCCCAGAAUCAUGAGAACGCUCAUGAGCACCAAAAUUUUAGACCAAAAUCCGGGACACGGUUCAGAACUAGUGGUCAGGAAGGGAGACAAGAGAUCUGGAAGGGGAGAAAAAGACUGAGAGACAGAGCUGGGACAGCGCCCUAGAAGGAGGGAGGUGGGUGAGGGCGGCGGCCGAAAGUGGGGAGGGCGGACCUAACGGCGGCGAACCCCCGUGCUCUCUUCAGCACCAUGAGCAGCGCUCACGUCCUCAAUAAAGAUGGCGUCAA